AUGGAAGGAAGUAGCGGUUGGUAUCAACAUGAUCUGGAACGAGAAGAAAAAAGAAGACAGCAGAAAGAAAUAUCCAGAAAAAUAGCAGCAUUGCCACCGAGACAAAGAUUUCGAGAGGAAAGACAAAUCGCAAAAAGAGCAGAAGAGGAAAGAAUCCAGAAGGAUAAAUCCGGAAAGGGAGAAAGAGCACGAGAGCUAGACAAAUUGGAACGAAAAGACAACAUACAGAGGGCAAGAAGAUUGUGCGAGAAUUACGGAUGUACAGAAGGAGAAAGACUAGGGCAGGAAAGUCAACUCUUGCGUUUGGAUAGUGCGUGGGAACGUGGAUUUGAUGCCAGAAGAGAAGAUGUCCGGAAAUAG